AGGACGGGAAGCAUGAGAUGUGUUUCGUAUUAGUACUAGACAUAUUCUACUGUUAGUCUUCGAACAUAAAAUGUCCUCUUCAGCUUGCGUCCCGGCAUCUGGAAUUCCCGCGCGGCAAUACCGUUUAUAAGUCUAUCUUAUACUCCAGUUGCAUUGCAUACGGUGAGUCUGCCAAGUCUGCCUAACAAUCAAUGUCUUUAUAUAGAAACAAGGGGAGCGUGCCGAGCCGAGACAGCUUGGAGCAGACAAGACAAGACAACAGGUGAGUUCCUAACCGCCUACACAGCGGCAAUAGCCCAAUACUCGUCCCCUUUUACUCCUGCAAAUGCCGCGAAUCACACAAUGUGAGGGGUCUCUCAAUGGCGAGGUGCAGAUGCGGGAUAUGGAUAGCAGGGGUUUUCGAGGAUCACUACCCCCAACAUGGUAGUUAUCUCGCUAAGAUGCGCCCAUCCACCUGCUUCAAUUGGUCAUUGGCCGCAGUUUCAGCCUCGCUGUUGGACGCGUCUUUUCCCCGGGCGGCUGGUGAAGAUUGUUGGAGAUCAGGAUCAACCAACAACGACAGCCUACAGCCUUGCCAGGGAAACUGGCAACGGCGACGUCCUUGUUGCAAAUGCUACCAUCUUCAUCGCCGAUACGGCUUCGAUCAUUCUAUAGCCCUUAAAGACCUACCUUGCCUGCGCUCGAAAAGGAGGGGCCGCUUAUAGGAGCAAAAUCACACAACCGAACGUAACUCCACCAACAAGGCUACGAAUCUCACGAUGUCAUCGCCCCAAGGCGACAGCGACGAAGGCUGGUGGCCAGAGGGCAAAGACCACCAAAACGGGUGGAGACUCGACAUCGUCUCCCUCCUCGCCGUGAUCGGCGAAUCCUCCAUGGCCGAACACUCCCAAGCCAUGACAGCCUCCUGGAUCGGGUGCCUCCCGCGCAUCAUCCCCGCGCCCCAAGUCCUCCUCAAGCCCACCCGCCCAACGCGAAUGCCACACACUACCGCCAGCGUCGUGGGCGUCAAGAACGGCAUCCAAGUCCCCACCCUCAACUACUUCCCCAACAUCGUCCACCCCAUCGAAGAUCUCGCCCCCUUCUCCUUCCGCGUCUACCGCAUCCGCCACUCCCGCCACGCCCUCUCCCAACACAACGACCCGCGCUCCUGGCGCUCCGUCAACUCCCGCCACAACACCACCCUCCCGCGACACAACGGCUUCUUCACCACCGCCUCCAACUUCCUCCGCGGCACCUGGCUGCGCCGCGCCGACCCCGAGAAAGCUCCCAUCAUCGCGGCACAGCCGCUGAAGCCCCCUCCUCAUGUCCCCGCGAAGACCUUAUCCCCGCUCAACCUCCUCAGCAUCUUCUCCUGCGUCCUCACCUGGGCCAUCUUCGCAGUCUCCCUCUACAACCGCGACGCCAUCGCCUGCCUGGCACUCAUAGCCAUCUCCCUCGUCUCCACCAUCGUCGGCUACGCAUCCCUCUGGUCCCCACAGCUCAUGAAGCGCACUUCCGGCGCUGUGGUGCCAGAAGGUGACGUCGUGAUCCGCACGCGCGAGGGGGCCUUCAUAGUCGUCAAAUGCGACGAGAAUGUCGCGCGGGAACUCUACACCGGGACGGAGGAAUGCACAUACCUCGUUCACUCUGUCCGCGCCUACCGCGCUCUCAUCGGCCUCGCGACAUUCAUCCUCAUGGUCGCCGUCGUGCUGCUGGGAAACUGUAAUUUCAACCAACAAGCCGCCAUAGGCAGCGCCUACAUCGUGCUCAACGGGCUCUACUGGGCCGCCUCCCUCGUUCCCAAGAAGGAGUUCUGGGACCUCAAAAUGUAUGAGCGCGAGGACAUCACGCCUGAUGAUUGUAGAGAUGCGGAUUGUGCGCGGCCGGGGGGGGAGCCGGAUGAUCUACCGAGUUUCACGAGGACGAUGUGGUAUGCGAUUCGGGUUACGGGGGAGGUGGGGUGGGUGAGCACGAGUGGUGCGGCGCCGAGGACGAGGGAGUGGAUGAGGUGGGUGCAGGCGGCGGAGAGGCAGGUUAAGGAACGGAAGCAGGGGUGGGAGACGUGGAAGGCGGUUAGGGAGAAGGAUUUGUUGAUUGGGCAGACGGAGAGGGGGGAGGAGGAGGGGGAGAAGGAGAAGGUGGUAGAUGGAGAGGAGGGGGAGGGGGUGGUGGGGGAGGGGCGGUGA